AGUCAUCUCACUGGGCUGUAGUGCACGUGCAUGUGUGCUACGUAGGGGUGUGUUUGCUUUCUCUCUGUCUCUCCACGCCCCCCAUCUUUCAUCCCGGUCCCCCCAUAGGUUCGAUGCAAAGGUAACAGAAAGACUGGGGGCUUUAUAAAGAUCCACUUUUUCACUCGGUCUCUCUCUGCUCGUUUCAUUUCUUCGGUUUUUCUUCUUUCCAUCAGCACACAUCAAAAUGCCCAGCAAGAGGAAGAAGAACAAGCGUCGCAUGAGGAGGGUGCAGGCUCAGAGGAGAGCCCUUGAAGAACAGCAUGCAGCCAAUCCUCAAGUCAAAGCAAGUCCCGGGAUCGCAGUGAAUGCGCCACCUGCAGCAACUCCAAAGAAAGCGGCUAAAGCUCGAGCACCAGCUCCAGUAAAGAUCCCAGCACCAGCUCCAGUAAAGAUCCCAACACCAGUUUCAGCACCAGUUCCAGUAAAAAUCCCAGCACCGGCUCAAGUAAAGAUCCCAACACCAGUUUCAGCACCAGUUCCAGUAAAGAUCCCAGCACCGGCUCAAGUAAAGAUCCCAGCACCAGUUCCAGUAAAGAUCCCAGCACCGGCUCAAGUAAAGAUCCCAGAACCAGUUUCAGCACCUGUUCCAGUAAAGAUCCCAGAGUCUGUUCCCAUUGUGGAGACCCCCAUUGUGGAAACCCCUAUCGUGAAGACACCCAUUGUGGAAACCCCCAUCGUGGAGACCCUCAUUGUGGAGACCCCCAUCGUGAAGACCCCUAUCGUGGAGACGCCUAUCGUGGAAACCCCUAUUGUGAAGACCCCCAUGUUGGAGACCCCUAUCGUGGAAACCCCCAUCGUGAAGACCCCCAUUGUGGAAACCCCCAUUGUGAAGACCCCCAUCGUGGAGACCCCUAUUGGGGAAACCCCCAUUGUGAAGACCCCCAUUGUGGACACCCCCAUUGUAGAACCAGAACCAGUUGUACAAGAACCUGUCCCAGUUGAAGUAGCAGCACCAGAGCCUAAGGCUGCGGUGUUGGAGCGUACUCCAGCAGACGUUAAGGUUGAAGUCGCAGACCCGGUCUCUGAAGAAGAACCAGUCAUUGAGACUCCACCAAAGGAGCCCUCUAUAGUAGAAGCUACGAUAGUACAAGAGGCGGAACCCAUCAUUCCUGAAACAGAACCAGUAACAGAGGUCAUACCCCAAGCCGACGCUCCAGUUGCAGCCCCUGUUGAGACUGAGAUUCAGACAGAGGAGACCAUAAUCGUAACCACAGAGAUUGCACAGACGCAUGAUGUUUGCGAGCAGGAAACUGAAGUGAAGGCUGAGGCCUUGGCAGAGGAAGAAGCAGUAGUCGAGGCAGAGGUGGCCGUCACAGACGAUAACACCGCACCAGAGCCUGUAGCCAAAGCCGCUGAAGAACCAGUGGUAGAAGCGCUUACAAUUGACCAAGUCUGUGCUGAAGCAGAACCCGCUGCACAAGAGGUGGUUACAGAAACAGUGGUGGAAUCAGUGGAGGAGGUCAUUGCAGAGAAAACGGAGCCAGAACAGGUGACUGAAGCUGUUGUCAGUCUUGUAGUCCAAGUUGAGGGUGAAGAAGUUGAAGCUGAAAUAGAAGUAUUGGCUGAAGAAGAUGCGCCUGAAAUCCCUGCUGAGCCUGUUACAUUCACAGAGGAUGCUCCUGUCCAAUCUAUGGAAAUCCCAGUGGUGACAGAGACCGUCCCUGAAGCUCCAGUAGAAGAGGCUAAAGGCCCCGUAACUGAAGUUCAAGAGACUUCUGACACCCAGGUCAUUGCUGACAGCCUGGUUGAUGACUUUGUUGUCACAGAAUCUGUCUCAGCAGUGGAGGUUGCCAUUGCUGAGUCUGCUGCUCUCCAGCCGGAAAUUGUGGAAGUAAGUGACACCUUCAACACGCUAUCAGAAUCAAUGGAUGUGACGCCUGCUUCUGCCCCCGCCCCUGCAGAGGAAAUGAUCAUUAACACCACUGCUGAGCAGACAUGUAUGGAUGUGCUGUCAGAAGAGCCAAAGCCAGAAAACUGUGACAUGCCAUGUCAGAUUCAGCUCGCUGUGGAGUCUACGCAGCUCAGCUCAAUGGAAAUGUCAGUGGAGCCAUCACUGAAUGGACACAUUGUUCCAGAGGUUUCCAUUGAGGGCUAGAUACACAUCUCAAAGCUUGGAAGACCUUUUUUUUGUCUUUCAGAUUCCCCUUUGGCGAUAUGGAGGACUCAGUGACCUUGUUUACUUUAAAAGGGCUUACGCCAGGAAAUUGAAGGGACAUCCACUCUUUGAAGUGCCUUUCUGGGCCUGGUUCCUGUCAAAACACCAAACCAGAUGCCAAUAUGCCCAAACCUGCUAAAUUCAAGUCGGCAGAACAGACUGUUGUCAUAAGUGUGCACAAUUGAAAGAUGGAGAUUCCAAAAACAAGAUAAAUGGCAGUGCCUGAUUUUUUUUUUUUUUUUUUUUUUUGCAUGUUCAUCUCUCUGGCAGAUCUGCUUCCAUACUGCAUACACUCAAUGCAUGUGAAAACUGUAGCGGCGAUGAAUGUUGCUACAGUUUGUACUUGGGCCUAUAUUCAUAUGGGUGGGAGAGACAACUUGUUCUGUUGUUUUUUUUUGUUUCACAUUUCAAAGGCACUUUUUUACCCUUAAAGACAACACAUCUACAAAGGUCUCCCUCCAUUUCGAUCUCCUUCUCUGUAUUCCAGUUCUCCCUUCUGCCUCAACUACGUGCCAAAGCUGUUAGUGUGAUCCUAAAACACAUCCUAAAGUUAUGGGUUUAGGUUUUAUGGCCACUGGAAAAGGACAGAGUCUGAGGGGGAAUUUUUUCACUUUCUUUUUUAAUUUUUUUUUAAAUUCAUUUUGUAAGGACCAUAUGAUGUGCUACAGUCUUGUGUUCAAAUUCUGUGCUCUGGAGGGAAAAACAUAAUGUGAUCUGGCGAUAAGGAUCACUCAUGAGCUGACUUUGAAAUAAAGCUGUAUCUCCUAAUGA